AUGGCGGAUGGAUCUCUUCUAUGUGUGGUAACAAAGGCAAAAAGCAACAAAGGUGGUGACGGUGUAUUCGUCGUUAUCAAAGAGAAUACAGAAAUAAUCAGCUUGAGAUAUCGAGUGGCGGAAAGGCUUAAAAUACCAAUGCAAUCUCUUUCACUGAAGUUCAUAUGCGAAAGGGAAAAGAAAUUCAGCAUUUCAAUUGACAAUGACGACGACUUAAAUUUGAUGUUCGAGUAUUGUCGGCGUAAUGGAUUUACAGACGCGAAUUUGACAAUACCGACAGAAAAUUCACGGUGCGCAGAUACCCCGUUCACCCAAACCUGUAAUGAUGAGCGUAUUCCUAAUGGCAACCCCACCGGCGACUCGAUCAUGCUGCUGGAAGACAUGCUUAAUCACCAAACAAAGAUCCCAACUGAGUGGCACACCUCCAUACGUGAAGUUGGUCAGAAAUUUGAUAGUGCUGCUGAAGUUAGAUUAGCACUUCAAUACUAUUCAAUUGCUAAACGGUUCGAGUAUGAUUUUUACCACAAUGAACAAAGACGCAUAAGAGUCUAUUGCCGAUUCAAACACACACAUGGUUUCCCUUGGAUGUUGUUUGCUUCCCCGCUCAGAAAUUCGUCUAUCAUGUCCAUAAAGAAUUUCGAGUCUACCCACACCUGCGGUCAACAUGGAUCAAAUGCUGGCAACUCAAGGGCAUCAAGGAAGUUCAUUGCUAGCCAAAUACAAACUGUUUUGAAGGUUAGGCCAGAUCUUCGUGCGGUCGAUAUCAAGAACGACAUGCUCUCUAAUUUUGGCAUCAAGAUUAACUACAGUAAAGCGUGGUGGAGCAAGGAGACAGCUCAACAGGACCUGUUCGGUGACGAUGAUGAGGCUUACGAUUCACUGAGAUGGUAUGAAUCCAUGGUGCAUGCAACUAAUCCAGGGAGUCGUGUUGUUAUUGAUACUGAUGACGGGAGGUUCAGGCGACUGUUCAUUAGUUAUAAUGCCUGUAUUGAAGGGUUCAUUGUUGGGUGUAGGCCUUUAUUGUUUUUGGAUGGAACAUUUAUUAAAGAUUGUUACAGAGGCAUACUACUUAGCGCUACUGGGUAUGACGGCAACCAGGGAAUAUUUCCCCUAGCUUAUUGCGUAUGCGACCAAGAGAAUGAGGUUAACUGGAAAUGGUUCUUACAAGGAUUAUGGACGUUAUUGUAUGAUAGGGAAAAUCCUUACCAACCUCCACAUCGACUGGUAAUGAUUUCAGACGCCGACAAGGGUAUCAGGGCAGCAGUCGAGGAAUUCUUUCCAGAUGCAUUCCAUUCAAGGUGUGUUCUGCAUCUAGUCGAGAAUUUCAAAAAAAAGAUGAAGGAUUUUGGGCACAAGGCAAAUAUCGCGACUACGUUGGGCGAGCUGUUACAAUCUGCGGCUUAUAAGUUCACAAUAUCUGAAUGGGAUAAUGACAUGAAAGAAUUGGCAGCGAUCGAUCACAGGGCUUAUGUCACUGUAAUGGAAUACUCCCCGGAGAGAUGGGCAAACGCGCAUUUUCCUGGUAUAAGGUAUGGCCAUGUUACUUCAAACGUUGCUGAGUCCUUCAACAGCUGGAUAAGAAAGGCACGAUUGUUGCGAAUCUUACCUUUGGUUGAGACCAUACGGAAGCAAAUAAUGGAGCGCAUGCAUGAAAGGAGGCUAUUGGGUCAGAAAUGGUCUGGAUACCUAUGCCCGGAAGCGGAGUUGGUGCUGAGUGAUAACAUUCAGCAUGGUAGCUGCUUGGCGAUUAAACAUUCGACGGAAGAUAUUGUGGAGGUCGAGUCCAAUAAAACUUGCCGCGUAGAUUUGAAGAAUCGGACUUGUUCUUGCAGGUCCUGGGACAUCACCCGCAUUCCCUGCAAACAUGCGUGCGCUGCAAUUACAUGGAUGGGACGAGAAAUUUAUCAAUAUUGCGAUUGGUACAUGACUGUUGUUGCGUUCAGAGCAAGCUAUGCACCGAUCAUCUAUCCCAUCCCAGAUUACGAGAAGCGCUUUGUACCGCCAGAAGAGCGAGUGUUGAAGCCUCCUCUCACCAAAAAAAGACGUGGCAGACCAUGCACUAGACGAAUAAACAACAGGUCGCUGAACACCCGACCGGUUAAGUGCUCUCGAUGCAACAUGGAGGGUCACAAUCGUGCAAGCUGUAACGAGCCUAUAUAG